ACUGAGCUAAAUCCCCAGGCCCUGGGCCUUGUUUUCUUACCCAUAGCAUUGCGUUCUGAUUGGAUCUACCCCAGAGUCCUAGUCUUGGUCCGUUUUCUGCUGCUGUUAACAACACCGUGAGUGAUCAACUUAUAAAGAACAGAACUUGUUUUACCCUCACAGUUCUGGAGGCUGGAAGUCCCAGCUCAGGCAUCUUCAGGUUCGGUGAUCUGGUGAAAGCCGCAUCCUCCAAGGAGCAGGUGGCAGGCAGGAGGAGCUGGCCAGGCAGCCGCACAGGGCUCCUUUAUAAAGGCCUCAGUCCGGGCAGGCUGUCGUUGACAAGUAAAAAAGAAAGGAAGUACUUACUGCAGUGCCUAGCAUCACAUAACAGCCCCAGUUAAAUGCUGUUACUGCAAAGUGAAGCUUGUUCAGCUUUAUUACUACUGAAGAGGAAGUCCAAGAAAAAGUCACCAGGAAAGCACUGAUCAUCCUGGCUCACUCAGAGAGGACGUCCUUCAACUAUGCCAUGAAAGAGGCCGCUGUAGAGGCUCUGAAGAAGACGGGAUGGGAGGUGGCCGAGUCUGACCUCUAUGCCAUGAACUUCAAUCCCAUCAUUUCCAGAAAGGACAUCACAGGUACACUGAAGCACCCUGAGAAGUUUCAGUAUUCUGAUGAGACCGCUCUAGCCUAUAAAGAAAGCCGCCUGAGCCCGGAUAUUGUGGCUGAGCAGAAGAAGUUGGAAGCUGCGGACCUUGUGAUAUUUCAGUUCCCAAUGCAGUGGUGUGGAGUUCCUGCCAUUCUGAAAGGCUGGUUUGAUCGAGUGUUCAUAACAGGGUUUGCCUACACAUAUGCUGACAUGUACGACAAGGGGCCUUUCAAGAAUAAAAAGGCUGUGCUUUCCAUCACCACUGGUAGCAGCGGCUCCAUGUACUCUCCCCAGGGUAUCCAUGGGGACGUGAACAUUUUGCUCUGGCCAAUUCAGAGUGGCACUCUGCAUUUUUGUGGCUUCCAAGUCUUAGAACCUCAACUGACAUACAGCAUUGGGCACACUCCACUGGAUGUCCGAACCCAAGUCCUGGAAGGAUGGAAGAAACGCCUGGAGAGAAUCUGGGAUGAGACACCACUAUAUUUUGCUCCAAGCAGCCUCUUUGACCUAAGCUUUCAGGCAGGAUUCUUAAUGAAAAAGGCGGUACAAGAUGAGCAGAAAAACAAGACAUUUGGCCUUUCUGUGGGCCAUCAUUUGGGCAAGCCCAUUCCAACUGACAACCAGGUCAAAGCCAGAAAAUAAGAUGGACUUGAUUUCUAACAUGUAAUCUAAUCUAGUAUUUUUUCAGCUUCCUUGAUUUUCUUUAAAGAUUUUUUCUUUUUUAUCUUUUCUUUUCCUCACAAGAAAUGAAUUCAAGAAGGAACAGACUACAGAGGAAAGUUUUAUUACUGAAUGUAAAUUUUUACUAUUGAUGUCUUGGCAUAUAGCCAGAAUCUGGGUGCCAGAGGCCAACUGGGAUGCAAAGCAGGCAGAGGUGUUUCCAGAAAGAUGCUAUAAAUUUUUUUUAAGGUCAUCUACACAAUUUAAUUGCAUUUUUUAGGGCUAGCUUUGGCUAGGCAGUAUUUAACAUUACAGUCAUCUAUUUUAAUUACCUCUGUACGGUUUAUGGAAGAAGGGAAUUGCUUAGAGAAAGAAGUGACUGACCGUCGGCUUAAGGUAACUUUUUAAAAAGUCAUGUUCGUUUAUGAUUAAGUACUGGUUUCAUUUACUAGAAAUGAGUAGAAUGCUUGACAUGAUUAUUACUCUUCCUUCAACUUGUGUAUGUACAGUACACACAGAUGCCUUGAAAUGAGUAACUAAUAAAAGU